CACCCUCCCGCUGCGCCGGCGCUUAGUGCUCUAGGCUCAGCUCUCCCUCUUCGCCUGAGAUUUGAGCGCAUGCGCCUUGACAGAUGGGUUGGGUCUACAUGGAGAACUGCUUAGCGGCCGCGGCGCUAAACGGGGUGGACCGGCGUUCCCUGCAGCGCUCGGCUAGGCUGGGUCAAGAAGUGCUGGAGCGGGCUAAGAGGAGGGCGGUGGACUGGCAUUCUCUGGAGUUUCCCAAAGGCAGCGUGGGGGUCAUUUCCCAAGAGCGGCCCUACGGAGAAAGAUGGCCCGCAGCCGGCCCCGAGCGCCUUCUCCUAGGAGAGAGAGAAGAAAGACGCCCAACUCUCAGUGCUUCCUUCAGAACAAUGGCUGAAUUCAUGGACUAUACUUCAAGUCAGUGUGGGAAAUAUUAUUCAUCUGUGCCGGAAGAAGGAGGGGCAACCCACGUCUAUCGGUAUCACAGAAGGAAGUCGCAACUGCAGUCGUGCUCAGACCUUGGGAGUGGUCAGAGUAAAACAACAUCCUUUGGCUUUGGAGGCAACUAUCAAGUCCCAGAGUACAUCCCAGAGGCAUCCCCGCCUGCUGACAACAUCUCUAAGGACCUCUACAUAGAAGUGUAUCCAGGGACCUAUUCUGUCACUGUGGGUGCAAAUGAUCUAACCAAGAAGACUCAAGUGGUGGCCGUUGAUUCAGGACAAAGUGUGGACUUGGUUUUCCCUAUAUGAUGUUGACCAUCACGUUACCUUUUUUUAAGUAGCAAGAAGAAUAAAGCCACCAUAUGAUUCUUGUAACAUUUACACAUCCAUCCUGCUUUGGGGGCUGACCCUAGAGGGUCAGCCUUACUAACUGCAGCUUGUCUCUUUCAGUGCCUAUUUUUUUAAAGUGUAGAAGUCCUCUUACCCUGUUCUCCCUGAAAGUAAUAAUGGCUAUCUGAAUAGUUUUUACUGCUUGCUUUCCAAGUAAAGGUUAAUUAUGAUAAUAAAAAGGAGACUCGAUUUGGAAAUAAAGAGAAUACCUUUUUAUUGGCAUUAGGAGCAACAAAAUAUCAUUCAUGUACAGCUGUAGGCUUUAUGAAAAUAUGACAGAGAGGCUGUGGACACAGAUGCCCCACGCAGGCCAACCACAACCUGUGACUUGUGUGGAGCAGCAUCCUCAAGCUGCCCUCACGGGGCAGGCAGCCCUGGCCAGGGCCGCCAGCACACCGGUGCCUGUCACGACAGGUGCCUUCCUGCCGCCCCUCUGCGGGAAGUCGCAAUGGGGCGAAGACGCCGCUGCUUACUCAGCUAGCCUCUGUGGCCUGCACGCUACCUCCUUCCACUGGAGGCUUUGCCAGCCACUCGGUAACUCCUCUUCAGGCAUCUACUGUCUGUAGCUUCCUGUAAGGGGAAAAAGCCCUCAGAGUCUUAGACUGACUGUAAUUUUAAGGAUCAAAAGGCACUGAUUUUAAAAAGUCAUCGGUGAGUCCUUAACGUUGAAGCUACCUCACCAACAGUAUUGCUGCACCUCUCAGUUUAGUUGCUUAGUUAUCUCAUUUUGAACAAGUCUUCCCUCAGGGCAAAAACGCCAGCACUUUAUAUGAUGAACAUGAAGUUUUAAGUAGUGCUAUAUUAGCAAUCCUAAUGAGAAUCAGACUCCCAUGGACACAGGGCCUAGUAAAGCAGACCCGUGCCCAUCACCAAAUAGAAGGUCAUUUAACUGGGGACCCUGGCUCCCCUACAUAGCUUAUAAUGACGUUUGGGGGUUCUGUAAGCCAUUUGAAAUUACGUGCAAAAUUGUGGGUAUGUGAAUUUUUCUGGAAAGAAGAGUCACAGAUUUUAUUUUCAAAGAGGGUAUGACACCAAAAGGUUGAAGAACCAUAGGAGUCCUUAAGAAACCCCUCCCCAAGGGAUUCAGAAGGAAAAACAAGGUAGUUAUAAAAUACUCAUGGGGACGUAAAGUACAGCAUAGGGAAUACAGUCUGAUGUUGUUGUAAUAACUGUGUAUGGUGCCAAGUGAGUGAAGGAAUUAUCAGGGGAUCACUCUGCAAAUUAUGUAAUUGUCUAACAACUAUGCUGUAUAUCUGAAACUAUAAAAUAAUAUUGAAUGUCAACUGUCUUUGAAAAAAUAAAAAUUGAAAAAAGUCCUUUCCCAGCCAUGCUACUUUACCUGGGUCCUUGGGGCGUUUAGUCUGAGGAGCUCUGGCAUCUCAGACGCGCCUCAGUAGCUCCCGGGCUCAGCGCUCUGCUUGCGGCUUUCUCUGGCGGGAGCUGCAGGGGCUCCGUGUCGGUCGCUUCCAGGGCCAGCUCCUUGGCGUUCCCCUCUACUGCAGUUUGUUCUCGCUGUUGUUUGUUGCCCUUCACUUCCUUCUGGGUGUCGCAACAUCUUUUUCCUAAACCUAAAAUUCAGUGGGGUGUGUUGAAUGUGCCACCGUUUUGAUGGGAUGGACCUUGACGACUUAAGUACAACUUUGCCAAGGAUCACAGAAUCUCUUCACUACCUAUAAGCUCCUAGCACUGUUCUCUCUUUUUAAGGAAGAAAUAAAAUAAACUGUGUUAUUCA